AUGUCUUUCUACAACUCCUACCCCGGUUUCCUAUACCGGCAAUUCCUAGUUUGCCCUCCCAAGGCACCCUCGUCCACCUCUCUCUCAGGAAAAGCCGGCCUGGUCACAGGCUCAAAUACCGGUCUAGGCUACCAAGCAUCAGCCCAGCUACUGGGACUCGGUCUCUCCCAUAUCAUCCUAGCCGUGCGCAGCCUCUCCAAAGGCGAAGCCGCGCGCAAAUCUCUCCUCGCCUCCCUAUCCAAGUCUACCAAGCAACCCGUAGUUGAAGUCUGGGAGCUAGAUAUGAGCAAGUAUGCUAGUAUCAUAAGCUUUGUCAAGCGUCUCCGAGAAUCCGGCAUUCAUAUCGACUUUGCCCUCCUCAACGCAGGCGUUGCCAACUUCCACUAUGUUGCAACCCCAUCAACAUCCCACGAGUCAAGUAUCCAGAUAAACUGGCUGAGCACUGCUCUUCUGACUCUGCUUCUCCUUCCCGAGCUCAAUAAUCAGGCUGCAGCAAACCCGACACAGCCCCAUCCGGUGAUAUCAAUUGUCAGCAGCGAGACUGCCGCGUGGGCAAAAUUCAAAGAAGCGCAGAUCUCCAACAAUAAGGGAGUUCCACUCAUUCAUGUGCUGGAUGACAAGACACACUUUGACAUGGGUGAUCGCUACUACACGUCGAAGCUGCUAUACCAGCUCUUCUUCCUGGAGCUUGUCAGCAAUCACCGAAGUAUGUCUCAUGGUGCAAUUCUCAAUCUCGUCAACCCCGGUCUCUGCUAUGGGUCUGAAUUACAUCGCACGGCUGAGGGAGCCUUUGCAAAGGUUCUUUCAGGUAUGAAGAGGGUUAUAGGUCGUUCUGUCUCUAUGGGUGCUCGGAACCUUGUUCAUUCAGCGGUACUGGCUGGUGACAGCUCGAAUGGACGGUAUUUGAGUGAUGGUAAAGUGGCUCCGUUUGCGAGAUAUGGGGAGACCGAGGAGGGCCGGAGGAUGCAGACUCAGGUGUGGAAGGAGACUGUGGAUGAGCUGAGUCGGGUGGUGGAUGUAACUAAGCUCUUGUUGUAG